AUGCUCCGCAUCCGCAGCUCCAUCCUCACCCGCCUCCUCUUGUCCUCUGCCGCCUCUCCCAUAUUCCCGCUGCACCACCUCCUCUCCACGGCCGCGGCCGCCGUUCCCCCGAACCCUAGCUUUGCCGUCGAGGAGUACCUCGUCGGCACCUGCGGCCUCACCCGGCCACAGGCCCUCAAGGCUGCUGCCAAGCUCUCCCACCUCAAAUCCCCCUCCAAGCCCAACGCCGUCCUCGCCUACCUCGCAGGCUUCGGCCUCUCCAGCGCCGACGUCGCCGCCGUUGUCGCCAAGGACCCCAAGAUCCUCUGCACCGGCGUGGAUAUAACCUUGGCCCCUACUGUCGUCGAGCUCAUCAAGCUCGGCCUCUCACAUACCGAGAUCGCGCGCUUCGUCAUGCUCGCCCCCCGCUUCUUUCGCUUCAAAACAUCCGUCUCCAACCUACUCUACUUCCUGUCCCUCUUCGGCUCCUACAAGAAAAUCCCCCUGCUGCUCAGGUUCAACUCCAAUCUUCUCCAAUGCAGCCUCGACAAGCUGGUCAAGCCCAAUGUCGCGCUUCUGCGGGAGUGCGGGAUAGGUACUUGUGAUAUUGCCAAGCUGGGCCUCGCUUCUCCAUGGCUGCUCAGCGCCAACCCGGAGCGCCUCCAUGAGAUGGUGGCACGCGCCAAAAGUCUCGGUGUGCCUCGUGGCUCGGGGAUGUUCAGGCUCACGCUGCGUGCUGUCGCGUUCCUCGACAAGGAGAAGAUCACCUCCAAAGUGGAUUACUUGAAGAACACGCUCAGGUGGUCGAAUGCCGAGGUGGGCAUCGCUGUUUCUAAGCAUCCGAACCUGCUGCUGAGAUCUAAGGACAUUCUGCUGAGUGGGUCAGAAUUCCUCUUCUCUGAGGUGGGGUUGGAACCGGCCUACAUCGCUCAUCGUCCAACAUUGCUCUCUUAUAGCUUGGAGGGCCGGCUCAGACCCCGGUACUAUGUAGUAAAGUUUCUGAAAGCAAAUGGAUUGCUAGAUCAUGACCGGGACUACUAUAGUACAGUUGCCUACAGCGAGAAGGUAUUUUUGGAGAAGUUCAUAUGCCCUCACAAGGAAGCUGCACCACACCUCGCUGAAGACUAUGGAGCUGCUUGUAGAGGGGAAGUGCCGGUUAGUUUCAUAUUUACAUGA